AUGUUUGGCCCUCUCAUGAAACGAGCGUUACAAAAACUCGGCCGAGGGCAGCGAAUAAGUUUCCGGUCACUCAGGAAGAUAGCGAUUUUGCUUCUUCUGGCAGCGCUUCUCGUCACCUUCCUCGUUCUAUCCAUUAAAAGCCAUCUUCGAAAAUUGCAAGACAAAAUCGAAGGAGAUCGUCCCCAUGUUCAUAGUCACAAGAGCAAACUAAGCAACAAAAUAAUUUCUCUGGAAGCGGACGCCCCUUUUGUCGUUGGAUGCCGCGUACCAGAUGUGAAUGGACCGCGGGCAAAUGCUUCUUUCGUCAUGUUGGCCCGAAAUUCCGAAUUGGACGAUGUGGUGAGUUCCAUGAAAUCCAUGGAGCGCCAUUUCAACCAAUGGUUUAAUUAUCCGUGGGUGUUUUUGAACGAUGUAGAGUUUGACGAUACUUUCAAGUCAACGGUAGCGAAACACACCAAGGCCAAGGUUGAAUUUGGUGUGGUGCCGCAAGAACAGUGGGAGUUUCCAUCUGACAUCGAUAAGGACGAGUUUGAAGAGGCUAUAGAAUCUCAGGGUGACCGCACAAUCAUGUAUGGUCAAAUGGCAUCCUACCACAAAAUGUGCAGAUUCUAUUCGGGCCAUUUCUAUAGCCACCCACUUGUGACUAGAAAUAAAUGGUACUGGCGGGUGGAACCAGACGUUAAAUUCUUCUGUGACCUUACUUACGACCCCUUUAUUGAGAUGGAAAUGAGAAACAAAAAAUAUGGUUUCACUGUGACUAUUGAAGAGCUCUACUACACCGUCCCAUCUCUCUUCCGCCACACAAAAGCUUUCAUCAAAAAAAAUAAUAUCAAAGUGGCUAGUGCUUGGGACAUAUUGGUGACAAAAUACUUGAAACCGUCGGGACCAGAUGCAGAGCGCUUCCGCUUUAUGGAAAAGAAGAGUGAUUUAGCGAAAGCUGUGCAGCAAAAUAAGGUUUUGCAAAGAUUUCUCAGACUGAAUGUCGACGACUCGAGAUUACAAAAGAUCCAGGAAUUUAAACAUAUGCCUGAUGUGUUUGAGCAAGCAUAUCAGAAGCCACCACUAUUUGAGGACAGAUAUGAUGACGAAGAAUACAAUUUGUGUCACUUUUGGACCAACUUUGAAAUCGCACAAACUGACAUCUUCACUUCUCAAACGUACCAGGACUACUUCCAGUAUUUAGAAAAGAGCGGUGGAUUCUAUAAAGAACGUUGGGGUGAUGCACCAGUGCAUUCUUUGGCUGUUGCGAUGCUUCUUAAUAAAGAAGAACUACAUUACUUCCGGGAUAUCGGGUACAAACAUACAACGUUGGGCCACUGCCCUAAUAAUGCUCCCGAUAACCAACUUCCAUACAAGCCCGCUGGUUAUGAGGAGGAAGAGAAACCAUGGUAUAUGACUUUCAUGGAUGAGCCUGAUCGACCAGUGAAGAACGGUGUAGGCUGUCGCUGCCGUUGUCCUUAUAAACAUAGAGAGCUUGAGGACCAUAAUAAUAAGUGUAUGCGUCGUUUUAUUCAGGUAAUGGCGGAUGACUACAAAGAUGACCAUGAGAUUGCACUUCGGCCUCUUGAGGAUGCUGCAGAACGAGAAAUCGUGAGACACUUACGCAGCGGUGAUGACUUAGAGGAAUUCUCACCAUAA